CUCGCGAUGACUCCUCCCCCUCCCCCACUUCAACCUACUUCUGGUUUUAUGUCCGAGCAGAGGCAAGACUCGAGUUGCACGCUAAAGCUUGACGAGCUGUCAUGACCGAGCUGAGCGGGAAGGUCCAGAGCGUCCUGGGUCCGCUGGACCCGGACCAGCUGGGCCCAACCAUGACCCACGAGCACCUGACCAUGACCUUCGAAUGCUGCUACGUCCCCCCGCCGCCGGAGAGCCGCCCGAUGGCCGACGACCCCUUCCAGUCGCGCCACGCGCACUGGCUGAGGCAGAACCCGUACAUGUGCCGCCAGAACCUGUUCCUGUGCCAGGAGACGGAGGCCGUGCGAGACGAGCUGCUGGCCUACAGGAAGGCGGGCGGGGGCAGCGUGGUGGAGAACACCACCACGGGCAUCGACCGGGACCUGCCCACCCUCAGGACCCUGGCCAAAGACACCGGGGUCAACAUCGUCGCGGGGGCCGGGUUCUACGUGGACGCCACGCACUCGGACGACACUCGCAAGAUGAGUGUGGAGAAGCUCACGGACGUGAUAGUUGGCGAGGUCCUGCACGGCGCCGACGGCACGGGUAUCCGCUGCGGCGUGAUCGGCGAGAUCGGCACCAGCUGGCCCAUCACGGACAGCGAGCGUAAAGUGUUGCGGGCGACGGCGUACGCUCAGGCCCAGCUGGGCUGCCCCGUCAUCAUCCAUCCCGGCCGCGACGCCGCCGCGCCGGCCGAGGUGGUCCGCGUCCUCCAGGAGGCGGGGGCCGACAUCGGCAAGACGGUGAUGUCGCACCUGGACAGGACCAUCUUCACGCACGGCGAACUGCUGGACUUCGCCGAACUGGGGACUUACAUGGAGUACGACCUCUUCGGGGUGGAGAUCCUCAACUACGUCUUCAGGCUGGACGUCGACAUGCCCAGCGACAGCCAGAGAGUCGCCGCGUUGGCCUUGCUGGUCCGCGAAGGCUACGAGGACAAGAUCGUGAUCGCCCACGACAUCCACACCAAGGACCGCCUGAGCAAGUACGGCGGCCACGGCUACUCGCACAUCCUUCGCAACAUCGUGCCCAAGAUGCUCAGGCGGGGCAUCUCGCGGGCGCAGGUGGACAAAAUCCUGGUGGAAAACCCCAAACGCUGGCUCACCUUCAAAUGAAGUUUUAUUUUUUUCCUUUAAUAAAGCCGUAAUGCUGUUUUUUUUUUUUUGUUUUUGCAUUAAGAAAGCCGUAAUUAUGUUUUCUUUUCUUUUUUUUUAAACAUCUCAGGAUUGAUGAGUCGACGGCUUAAUGAAUUCAUUCCGGCCUUCAAUCAAUCACGCGGUGCAAUUUUGUCUCGUAAUCAUGAUGAAAUGUGUCAUCAUAAUAUUAAUACACAAUUAAGUAGUCCACGGUGAUUUAUAAGAUGGAAACAUUAGGAUUCAAAGGGCUAUUUUUUGUAUUGAUUGGCUGGAAAUAACAAGAGAGGGAGGUGAUGCCCCCCCCCCUGGAACCCCACCCCCCCAAAAAAAACCCACUUUUGGGAUAUUGAUACAAAAACACCAGUUAAUGCAGCAGCAUGGCAAAAAAAAAAAAAAAUAGAAAUUCAGCUUCAUAGUAGUUUCAUUGAUUCUAAAUCAUAUUGGCAAUAAAGGAUAUGAAAUAUAAUUAUGUAUUCAGUCUUGAUUAAACCUAAAAAUGGCACUGCAGUUAAGCUGUUGAACAAAGUAGUCAUUUGUCAUCUGUUAUUCUACAUAUAAAUUUGUACCAACACUUGGGUCAUUCGCACAUCUAUGGCAUUUUACAUUUUGCUAACACGCCUUUGUUUGCUUUAUCUGUGAGUUUUCCAGUCAACUUCAACUCUGAUUUUUGCCUCUUAUUUUUGGCCAUCUGUAGUCACAUUUGACGAUGAAGUGUGAUUGUACUUCUCCGGUACUCGCAAACCUCUUCUUUGCAGCUCAAUUCCCAUUAAAUAAAAAAAUGCAUUUGAU